AAUUUCCCAUGAGCCACGUGAAACCACGUGGCUCACCGUGGCCAAUGGCGUCCCAGAUCUGGAAAAGUGGGUUAACGUCUGCGGGAAAGGCUGAGCACCGCGCAUGAACACCAUCUCAGACAGCAGCUCUAUUACUCUCAUAAUGCCCAAGUCGAAAGAGGUGCUGUCAUCGUCCUCCUCUGGAAGUGACUCAGACAGUGAGGUCGAGACAAAGGCGAAGAGGAAGGCUCCUCCAGCACAAGAGAAACCGGCGAAGAAGCAGAAGAGUGGCGAGAGCUCCCGGGCGGGGGGGCCCUCCAAAGGUGGCAAGAGCAAGGAUGACAACAUGUUCCAGAUUGGGAAGAUGAGGUAUGUCAGCGUCAGGGACUUCAAAGGCAAAGUGCUGAUCGACAUCCGCGAGUACUGGAUGGAUCAGGAGGGAGAAAUGAAGCCGGGCCGCAAAGGCAUUUCCUUGAAUCCAGAGCAGUGGAACCAAUUGAAGGAGCAGAUCUCUGAAAUCGAUGACGCUGUGAGGAGAAUAUAAGCUUUAUAGCCACAAGAUGGUGCUGUUUAGUUCUUCCUUUAGUGUUUUUAGAUUUUACCACCAACCUUUACACUGACGUACAAGUGUUUUAUAAAGGACUGAUUUUUUUAAAAAUGACUGGCGUGUUUUGCAGUUAAUUUGACCUUUAACAUUUUCUGCAUGUGCCCUGUAGUGCAUUCUGUGCAGCAGCAGUGGUGUGUUGUGUGUGUGUGCAAGGGCCGCUCAAGUUUGUGGGUGGGGGGUUUGAUCGAGGUGCCGGGCUGUGUAGAGGAGGUCUCGUAUCAAAUAAAGGCUACAUAAUUAUUUUA